AUAUUCAGGGCUGCCAGCAAUAACUGCAGAUCAGAGCUAUUCUGCCAUGUCACAGGAAACUUAUGACCUUGUCUCUGCUGUUGCAGUUCUCUGUGCCUGAAUGUGUGCCUGAGCUGCCACACUGGGUAACCAGAGCUCACUGCACCUGCAUGGCCUCUUGGGACAUGACCAGGUCCAUCCAAAGGACCCAAAAGGUCCAUCCAGCCUCAUAUCCCACCCUCAGCAGCAGCCAUUAGCAGACACCCACAGGAAAAAACAGGAUGAGUUUGCCUCGGGAGUGGCUGUUACUCACACACAUCUGAAAGAGACAAAGUACAGGCACCACCAGUGAGUGUGAUGAGCCCUUCCCUCACCUGGAAUGGACACAGUGGAUAUAAAGCAGAACAAGGUUCUUUAGUCUAUGCAGGGUAAAAUAUUGUGUGGAAUUCUCAUCAAAACAAGCAUCCUGAAAAAAAUGUUCAAAUGCCUGAUGCUAUUGAAUUAACAUCAGAUCCGACACCACAGCUUAAGACUCUUCUACCUCAAUUCAGAAUGGUGCUAAAGUGUUGCAGCAUCUGGCUUGAAGCUCUGAAGUUGAGACACCUGCCCAUGCCACUGCUGGUCAUCUGCCACUAUGGAGAAGAAUUUGUCUCUAUCUUCAUAACUGACUUUCAAAUAGCUGUAGGAUUCAAAGCGAUCUCUCCUCAGCCUGCUGCAUCUGCCAGAGCAAGACUGGCCCUCUCAGCCUCUCGUUGUAAGAUAUUUGCAGGCAGCCAAUAAAAGGAGAGAUCAACAACCAAGCUGACUCACCGGCAGGAAAUCUCGAGCUGUGUUUGAAUGCGGUUCAGAGUGAUUCUCGCUUGGUAUCAGCAGUUUCACUCCAUUCAUUCCAUCCGUUCCAUCCUUUUAUGUUUGUAUUUCCAGAGCCAUCAAGAAAUGGCCAGUCCAUUACCUAUGGUAACCCAGGAAGAUUUGGAAAGCUUUUCUUUGACCAGAACAGGCUCAGGCUUUGCACUCAAAGCCUUUCAUCUUUCCUGGAAUACUUCCAUCUCUGUGAAGCUGCUGACCAGCCAGGACACUACAGACAGGGAGUGGAAGUUGCUACUGCAGGACAUAGCAAGUGUCAGACACUAUGAGUCUGAACAUCUCCUGCCUUUCCUUGGGAUUUACCAGUACCACGGACUUGUGGGGAUAGUGACUGAAUGGAUGAACAAUGGAUCCCUCCACUCCCUCAUCCAUGAGCAUCAACUAUACCCAGAACUUCCCUUUCCCUUACUCAUAAGGAUCCUGUUGGAUGUGGCUGAAGGGCUGCACCAUCUUCACAGCCUUGGACCUGCUCUCUGCCACUGCAGCCUGAAACCUUCCAAUGUGCUUUUGGAUGUGCAGUACAGAGCCAAGAUAUCAGAUUAUGGCCUAACCAACUGGAGGAAACAGCAACUGAAGUCAGACCUGCAGAACUGCCAUCACAGAAACUGCCAGGAUUUAGUGUAUCUUCCUCCUGAAAUACUUGAAGGAGGCCACCCUUCCCAGGAAGGUGAUAUUUACAGUUUUGGAAUCCUGUGUUGGGAGAGUCUCAGCAGACAGAAACCUUUUGAAGGUCAAACAACCCUGCUUGAUGUUUUGAGAGGAAUCUGUCACAGUUUGCGGCCAGGCAUAUCAGAAAAUUACAUACCAAGUAAUUUGCCUGAGAGGAAUAGAUUGUUGCACCUCAUUGUUCUAUGCUGGCAUCAAGAACCAGAUUAUAGACCACACACUGCAGAAUGUGUACACCUUCUAAAUGGAGUUUUGACUACUAUAAAUAAGGAGUUAAUUUCUGCAGCAAUCUACAAUUUGAUGGAUGCAAAGGAGAGAGCGCUUAAUGCAUGCAAAGGCUCAGAGACCUACACACUGCAGAGAGGCACGUGCAAUUCAGAGAUCAUCUGUCCACAAAAAGACAACCACUUAAUCAGGAAGAAAAUUCCUCUUGUAGUACCAAGCUUGUCAACUGUUCUACUUGAUAGCACUGCAAAUACAGCAGGAAGAGAUAAUAUUGAGAUGGGUGUGUCAAAUACUACCUCACAGAAUGCAACAGCAACAAAAGAUCACCCAGGCUCUGAGAGAAGAAAAUCAAGCUCCUUUUGCACAGCUCCUUCAUCUGGUUCAACUGCAGGCAAAGAGAGCAGCCAGCAUAACACCCCACCACUGGCUCUUAAGCACAGACCACAACCAAUGUGCCUUGGACAAGCAGUGCCAGGUCCUUGCAGCAAAGGAAACUGCUGUCAAAUCCUUGCCUGCCAGAGACAGACCAUACUGAACUGCAUGACAGAAGGACGCCUCAACCACAUCCUUGAUGUGCUUCGCUCCCAGCAAACCCUGUCCCGAAUGGACUAUGAAACCAUCACCUCGUACCCCACAGUGACCGGCCGUGCUCGGGCACUGCUGGACACUUGCCUUUGCCUGGGGGAGAGGGCAGCACAGGCUGUAGUGACUGCACUUUCAGUGAACAAAUGUAGUCCUCUGGGACAAGUCAUUCAUUGCCCAGACUGUCCUUUAAGGUAAACAGGCUGUUGUUGUGACUGACUUUUUCACAGUCUGUUGUAUGGAUCUGAGCUCUAGUAAUUUGUGAUGGCAAAGAUUCAUGUCAGUGUCUCACAAGCCAUUGACUAAAGGCAUUUGCCUUCCUACAGCCCAUUAUUUGAGUACUGUAGUGGAAAAAGCUAACUGGAUUAAAAGGUCAAGUCAACUGCUGCCAACAGAAAUUGCCAAGACUGGUAUAAUAAAUUCUAAUUUGGACCUCAGAGAUGGGAGAAGUGCAAUAUGUGCCACAGCAAACAGAGUUCAAGUGAGAUGACACCCUAUUUCAUUAAUUUUAUUUUUUUUUAGAAGGAAGGAAAAUGAAUCAUGACUUCUUGGAGGUCACAGUAUGAAAGAAUGGCUGUUUAUAAAUACUUCCAAGUAAGGAUGAGGAAAAGAAAAAUUACUGCCUUUCACUGUGCUCAUAUCUGAGCCAGAUGUUAGAGUGAAAGGCUUCUGAGAAUCAAGAUAUAUUUCUUCAGUAGGGCCUUAAGUAAGACUUGGAAGUUUUAUGUUAUGCAUAUAAAUUACUUCAUUUUCAUCAUAAAUGGUCAUGUAAUAUAGCAGUACUUAGAUCAAUACUUCGAAGAUGUGGGAUUUGGAGUGCACAUUAAAUGGAAAAAUGUUAGUACUUUACAUCCAUGUAUCUCUCUAAAUAUGUCUGCAGUUCAAAUGUAAAAUUAAACCAGACAGAAGAGGUUCCAAGCUGAUAAUUUUGAAAUAGCAAUUCUGCUGAACUGUUGUCAUGGUUGUACUCUAAUGGGAGACAGCCUGGGAGUAGUGGGAGGUUUUCUUGCUCUGGCCUGGACUCAGCCAUGGUCACAGAUGCUUUGGAGUGUCCUGCUGCUGCUUGAACUCAUCUUUAGGUCAGGGACCCUUUGACUUGAGUUCACAUGGAGUUCCAGUCUGUUCAGUACAGCAGCACAGAAACAUUGCUGUUAUCAGAAUGUUCCCAGGCACAGUCAAAUAAGAUAAGUAGUACAGCAAGCAGUGAAAGCAACAAACCAGCCACCAACAAGCACCAGACACCUGUGUACAGAAGCCUAACAAUCCCCAUGGUAAGCACAGGAAUCUGUCAACAGAUAAACAGCAACAGCAGCUAUAAAUGUGAUCCUGCACUUUCCAGCCAAAUCUGUUCUUACCUUGAACCCUUCAAGCCUCACACUGGAUGCUGAAAAGAACAUUUGUGGUUCAACCCCAAUGGAAAACUACGCUCUACUACAGUAAAGUGAGAAAACUUGUUGGUUGAGAUCCAGACAAUUUAACAGGUAAAACAAAAGCUGCACACAAGCAAAGGAAAACAUGGAAUUCAUUUAGCCCUUGCCAUGGGCAGGCAGGUGUUCAGCCGUCUCCAGGAAAACAGGGCUCCAUCCCACGUCAUGGUUAUUUAAGAAGACAAAUGUCAUCACUCCAAAUGUCCCCUCCUUCCUCCUUCUUCCCUAGCUGAGCUUGAUGCCACAUGGUCUGGAGUAUCCCUUUGGCCAGCUGUGAUCAGCUGUCCCAGCUUGUCCUCCCCCUGCUCCCUGUGCACCCCCAGCCUCCUCCCUGGUGGGGUGAGGGGCAGAAAGGCCUUGGCUCUGUGUGAGCUCUGCACAGCAAUAACAAAACAUCCCUGAAUUGUCAAUUUUGACAACUGCUGUUUUCAGUACAAAUUCAAAAUACAGCCCCAUACUGGCUCCUAUGGAGAAAAUAAACUCUAUUCCAGCCAAAACCAGCAUUAUUUGAAAGGGAAAUAAUAAGAUUAUUUUCUUUAUAAUGAAAAUAAUGAUAUAAGGUGCUGGAUUUUUUUAGAGGCCCAGUGGGGUUUCUUCAUGCUUCAUGGCACCAGAUUAACAUGAGGACUUGUUACACCAUCUACAGGUAUUUCAAUUGCAAAACCAUGUUAUUUGUUUCCCCACGUUGCUUUUGUUCUCUCUGCAGUUUCAAAGUUCUCAUUGAAUUCAGUCAUUUGACUGAUUGCAAAUGUAGUAAUGAUGUGUUGUCUAGGCACACUUAAGAAAUAAGAAAUGUGUUACAUCAGAAUUUCCAGCUAUGAUUCUGCUGGAACCAUAAACAUUUUUUUUUAAUGUAACUUCAUUGAACUUUGAGACUGCCUUGGAUUAAAAACUUGUUAUAAUUAAAAACAAUGUCUAUCAGAAUAUGUUGACAAUAGUUUUGCUUAUUAAAGGA